ACUAAAAACGAACGUAAAAGACACACACAGUAUUGAAUUUAAGUCGGAUAAUAAAGCACUUGAAUUAGGAGGGGUGUGACAGGUUUACAGCAUCACCAUUGGUCAAAAUACCAAGCCAAGGAGUGCCGGUUGACACACCCUGUGUGCUGUGGUACAGUGGUGGUUGUGUAGCAGCAGGACAAAAAGUGUUGAGACAUGAAUCCAGCACCGAAUGAGAAACCUCCGCAGUAUGAGCCUGCAGCCGGUGGCUACCCUCCCCCAGGCUACCCCGGACAGGCGCAGCCUGGCUACCCUCCACAGCCGCAACCUGGCUACCCCCCACAGCCGCAGGCAGGCUUCGGCCCACCACCCCAGACCGGCUAUGCCCCACCACCCCAGACAGGCUACGCUCCACCUCCGCAGCCAGGCUACGCGCCACAGUCUCAGACUCACACCACCGUGGUUGUUGCCCAGCCCCUCGGUGGAGCACUUCCCGGCGCCAACAUCCGCUACAUGCAGUCCCCGGCGCUGAUUGUCUGCCAGCAUUGUCAGGCAACGGUGACAACCUCCAUGCACUAUGAAGUCGGACUCCUCACUUGGAUCAUUGUGGGAGUGCUUUGCUUGUUCGGAUGUUGGUUGGGCUGCUGUCUCAUCCCCCUGUGCAUUGAUGCCACCAAGGACGUGGAGCACCGCUGCCCGAAUUGUCAGAACGUCAACGGAAGGUUCCGGCACAUCAGUUAAGCCGGGUGUCCCCGUGUGGGAGCCGUCAGUUGUCACAGAUGUUGACUUCAGGCUUUUCAUCUCUGUGCCUGUUUUGAUCAAUGCAGGCUCUCAAAAAAUAAUUUGCUCACAGAAUUGCUUUGAAAGUUACGGUCCACCUUCGGAAAGAUUUAUUUCGUCGGACAGCUGUUCAGAUAUACUACGCCCGAAAUUUUAAAGUUUUCCCAUUUUUCCACAUUUCCUUAAUCUGUGAUGUCAUUUGCAUGAGCUGGAGAAAUAUUUUGUGGAAACUCAAAUUCUAAAUAUUGAUAAAAAGCAAGGAAAGAAUAGAUCAUAUGGAAUGAGGGUACAAUUGCUUAAAGAAUUAAAUACUUUUUUUCUCUCUCCAUUUUGCUUUCCGGGCUUGGAACGGUUGAACAGCGUGCCUACAGUUUGAUCUUAUUGUAUUAAGUCUACACAACAAAUGAUUUAUUUAAUCACUGCACUGUGCACAUGUAUCCAGUUAUUUCUUCAAUGAAAUUCAUUUGGGGGGCUGAGUCAGUUUGUCGUUGAGACAUGUAUCGUAGUAGUAGGGAGAUGGGUUAUGUAGUCAGUCUUUACCAAUAAUGUAUAUGUAUAGAGAGGAGAUUGUGUACCUUUGAAGCUUUUGAUAUAUAUGUGUCACAACGCAGUGGACUCAGUUGAAGGAGAUGGAGGGUUGGUUGCCUAUUUUCAGAGAUAAAAUUAGCAAGGAAAUGACCACCAAAGUUUGAUUUGAUGACUACCAUAGUUUGAGAGUCCUUCGAAACCGAAAAUUUACAUUUUUUUGCCUUUAUUCAACGUUUUUCAGUAAAAUCGACACAGAAAUUUUUAUUUAAAUGUACAUAGAAGGCGUUAAGCCAAAAAACACCAAUUCUGUAAAAAUUGACAAAUCUGCAGCAAAAUGCCGGUUUCUUCUAUUUAAUUUCUUUUGAGCGUUUGAUUUCACCACGAUGCCUCACAUAUUAUUUAUUACAAUAAAUUAUAACGUACUUUUACUGUCGUCAAAGAAACGGAAAAUUUGAAAGAACUGCUACUUAAACUUGCUAGUCUAAAUACUUCCCAACAUGUGGUAAAAAGUUUUGUUUUAUUCAUACAGCAAAUCGCCAGCCAGCUGUGUAAAAAUGCGCUAAGCCCAGAGAGGAAUAUUUUGCAGGAGAGAGAAAAACCUGUUUCAUUCCUGUUAAACAGUUGUAACUACUUUAUAUGUUUUUCUAGCUUUUUUCAAAUUUUAGAAUUUAAUUUGAAUUUGGACAGAAGUAACUUUUGAGCAUUUGCAGCUGAUACCACAAAUAUAAAACUUUGCUAUUUGAAGAAAAUUGAAAAUUUUGGGCUUAGUACUUUUUAACAGCCGGCUGACGUUAUGCGUUCUUGUAAGGGGAUCACUGCUCAAAAGUUUUGUUAUAUUUAAUUUUUUUCUCUCUUUGGGAUCGCUUAGACUUUGAACCUGCAUUUAAGGUUGGUUUUCAGAUAUUUUUAGCAUUUGGUUUUGCUUAUUUAGUGUCAGAUUAUCUAGUUCCUGGAAGCAGUGUGGUGGAGAAUAUGUCGUGUUUAAUGGUUUUCAGGACUUUCAGUCCCUGGCGCUAUACAAUUUAAAUAUCGGAGCCAAGGGGGCGCAAAGUUUGAACUCUUCGAUCAAUACUUUUUCAUAGAAGGGAGUUUACUUUCAGCGAGAUUACAACCCAGUGAGCAGCUCUAGAUGCUGCAUUUUACCUUGAAGCCGGGCUUCUCUACUUUUGUGUUCUCAGCAUUAUAAUUCAUCUUUAAGUUUUUAUCGCAAUAUCUGAUCCAUCCUUGGAUGGACACUUGGACGUUUUUAUUCAAUUUUUCCCUCCAGUUUCAACUACUCUCGUGUAAAGCUGCUGUUUUUGUUGGGAGUUUUUUCUGAAGGAGUUCCCAUAUGUGUUUCUCUGUCUGUAUUGAAUGACAGUGUUUGAUUAAUAAGUGACUAUUGAGUGGGAAAGAACGAGUUUACGCAUGUAAAAGUCACUUCUUUAUCUCUUGGUUGAAACAUUCACUUUUCUUACGGACGAAGCAAGUUUUUGCAAGAGUGUUAAAUUUUAAAAGUCCUCUGCUUCCUAUGGAUACUUCAGAUUUUGUUUAGCUGCUGGCUUUCCUGAUAACAGCAUUGUAGUUCCUGACCCAUUAUAUCAAGUCUAACGUAUUGCUUUUUUCGAAAUUGAUUCCUUUCUGUUGUCGUUAUUUAUGAAGGCCAAAGAGCAUGUGAAAAUCGGGUGCAGAUUGGUAUUUUUAAAGAGGAUGAAGAAAUGUUUCUGAUGUAAAAUUGUCAAAAACUUUUUUUAUGAAAAAUUUUUUUUUUAGAAAUCGGGCUUGUGAAAGUUUGUCCAAAGCUGAAAUAGCAGAAUAACAUCUUUCGACACAAGCAUAAUGACAUACAUAUAUUCAAUUUGGGCUUGAUUUGUAUUUUUUGUUGGAGAAAAAAAUCCCUCUAGACAGUAACUUCAGGUGCAGGUGAAUUGCACCGUAGAUUGCCGCUAGUCCACUAUUUUGGGCCUCAGCACACAGAAAGGAUCUGCAACAUGUUGGACAUUGUGUAUAUAUAAAGGUUAUGCUUCAUGAUUUGUAUAUAUAAUAUAUAUAUGUUAGUUCUCUGCUGAUUGAUGAUUAAUCUGAUUAUUUUUUUUAUAAUUCAGUGGAAAAUUAUUAUUUUAACUUUUAUUGUGGUCUAUAUUCUACUUCCUUUAUAAAUUGUUAAACGCUUUUUACCUCUUCGCUCUUACUCUACACUGGUGAUUUGUUUUCCCUUUAACUGAGUGAAAAUGGAAAUUGUUUGAUUUUUACUAAUGCCAAAAUGUAAUAUCAUUGUUUUACAGCUGAAGACAGUAUGUUCGUUUUGAUGGAAUUUAGCUAUGUACGGACAUACUUGUCCAAGAUGACCACCAGUUGUUGAGGAGAUAAGGGGUCAACUUAGACAGACAGUUCUUUUGGACAGUGUCAUUACAAUACAGAGGGAAAAAAGAUGCAAGGGGAGAAGUGGGAAGUGAUUGUUCUGUUCCGGUGGUCAUCUUGAACAAGUUGCCUUUUGAGCAACUGUAGUUGCUCUAGCUCGGACAGUUUUUGUACUUUAAAAAAAAAAUUCUGUUGUGGCCAGUGAGACUCCCAUGAGGAGAGUCCUCAUGUAGUUUUCCUGUUUCGAUUUAUCUACCCUUUUAUGGACUAUUUUUUUGUGGUAAUCAUGAUGUGUGUUAGUGGAGAGGGGCAUUGUCAUGAGUCUUCUUCUGGUUUUCUCUGUAUUGGGCAUUAAGCUUGUGUUAUGGGAGUUGAUAACGAAUUUUUUGUUAUAUUAUUGUCAAAAUGUGACUAAGUUUGUCACGUCUCUACACACUUACGCUGUGUGUCCUGGCAUAUGGUGGAAGUCUCUUGCUUUGCCAUGUAGUUUUGUGCUGUGUUUCAUUCUGUAAUUUUCAAGUUCCUGUCUUUUGACCAAGGGUCUCUUCUUGCAACAUGUGUGUUGUGUGUGUGUGUGUGUAAGGGGGGUGUAAAGGGGAGGGGGGAGGGGAGGGGUUGCUGCCGUUCUAUAUAUUUCUUUUGGUCUUCUACUUUUAUUUAUUUGUUUCAGUCUUUUAAAAAUUUGUUUGCGUCUGUGAUCUUUGAAUUGCUGGCUUGUGACCAAGGGUAUGGUUUUGAUUUUU